AUGGACAUUGUCUAUAUUCAUGAUGUGGGUAUUGAUACACCCAAAAUGAAAGUUGCAAAUAGAUUUAAUUGGGAUCCUCAUACAUUCAAGGUGUUUAUUGAGGAAUGUGUGAACAAGCUAAAAAACGAGAAUAGACCGAGUACUUAUUUCAAUAAGACCGCAUGCCAAAAUAUAUGUAAGAGGCUUUUGGAACGAAUAGGUAAAGACUUGGACAUAAAUAAAAUGAAAAACAAAUGGGACAUUAUGCAAAAAGAGUACAAAUAUUAUGACCGUUUAACAAUACUAGAAACGAGAAUUUCAAUUGAUUCCGUGAGAAAUAUAAUCUCAGCAUCAAAUGAGUGGUGGGAUGAGAAAACAAAGGAAGAUAAAGAGUUUGCUAAGUUUAAGGAUAAGAAUUUGGAGGUAUAUGAGACAUAUUACGAGGCUUUAUUUCGAGAUAUCGUAGCUGAUAGAGACAAGGCUAAGGUACCUUGCGAAUUUCGCGACAGUAGCACUCCGAAUGAUGUACAGUUUGUGGAUAUUACGGAUAGAAAAGAAGCUAGUGACGAAGUCCUCUUAUUUGAUGAUGUUGAUCCUUUUCUCACAUAUGAUAGUUCUAGUAAGAAAAGGAGGGGAAAGAAGUUAAAUCCUAGGCGUGAAACCAAAAGAAAUUUUGAAGGAAAAAGUAUGGUAAGCUCGUCAUAUGAAGAGAAAAUGAACAUUGUUUUUGAUGUUUUGUUAACAAGGUGCACUCAGACCUCAAGCCAAACCACACACUCACCAACAACAGAAGAUUGCAUGGCAAUUGUGUCUAUUUUCCCGGGUUUUAAAGAAGGCUCAAGAGGAUAUUAG